GUCUCUUCUAAGAUUCAUUAAGCCGCGAUUGUUGUCAGCCUUCUGGUCACUCGUACCCCGCGCCAGUGGAGUUCCAGGCCAGGUCCCGUGUGCGGCGAUAAGCAGCUCCGUCCCGCUCUUGGCAUGAGUGGCAUGAGUGGCAUGAGCGGCACAUGCCUUAGGUUACACAUGGUAAUUCAGGCUAAUGCCCUGGAUUCAGGCCAACACGCGGUAAUCUACUUUAGACGCUCACCCUUCAGUUGAAGCGCUUACCUUGCCCAAUCCGGAGCCUCUGCAUCCCAUCUUGCCCCACGCCAUCAAUAGAACGGGCAAUAUCUCAGAAGAUCCCCCUCGGCAUCACUUCUCUUCUCCUGCAAGAAGGGAAGCAUACCAUCUCAAUACAACUUCUUCACCACGGCUUCACUUGGGCCAAAGGAUACGCUAGCUAUCCUUAAUCAGCUUUGCACUCCAUCCUCCCUUCUCUUCGACCCGAGAUACACCUCAAGGCUCCCUCCCUCGCCGCUCCCACCAUUCCGUACAUUUCCUCCCUCUCCAACCGCCCAGAAACUCCCGUUCUCAGUACCGAGUACCAUCAGCAUACAAAAUCUUAACAGCGAGGAAGAACCUGCAGAGAUGGAUAAGAGACAUCCCAGUUCGUUCCAGCAGCUGGAGAAGCUGGGCGAGGGGACAUAUGCCACUGUGUUCAAGGGCCGGAAUCGCCAGACCGGCGAGUUAGUUGCAUUGAAGGAAAUCCACCUGGACUCGGAAGAAGGCACACCAUCUACGGCGAUCCGUGAGAUAUCAUUGAUGAAGGAGCUGAAACAUGAAAAUAUUGUCAGCCUUCACGAUGUCAUCCAUACCGAAAAUAAGCUCAUGUUGGUUUUCGAAUAUAUGGACAAGGAUCUGAAGAAGUAUAUGGACACACAAGGGGAUCGAGGAGCAUUGCCACCAGUCACAAUCAAGUCGUUCAUGCACCAACUCCUUCUUGGAAUCGACUUCUGCCACACGAAUCGAGUCCUUCAUCGAGAUUUGAAGCCCCAAAACCUGCUCAUCAAUGUGAAGGGUCAAUUGAAGUUGGCCGAUUUUGGUCUUGCAAGGGCUUUUGGAAUACCAGUCAAUACCUUCUCUAAUGAAGUCGUGACCCUCUGGUAUCGUGCUCCUGACGUUCUUCUGGGUAGCCGAACAUACAACACCAGCAUCGAUAUUUGGUCUGCGGGUUGCAUUAUGGCAGAGAUGUACACCGGCCGGCCUCUCUUUCCUGGCACAACCAACGAAGACCAACUUGUUCGUAUCUUUCGAAUCAUGGGAACUCCUUCAGAACGCUCCUGGCCUGGAAUUUCUCAAUACUCCGAGUACAAGCAAAACUUCCAGAUGUAUGCCACACAAGACCUGCGAGUUAUCCUCCCGCAAAUCGACACCGUUGGCAUUGAUCUCCUGCAGAGAAUGCUCCAGUUAAGACCGGAGCUAAGGAUAAGUGCUCAUGAUGCCUUGCAACACCCUUGGUUUAACGAUCUGGUCGGCCAGAUGAGACCACCUCCACAGCACCUUGGUCAAAUCCCUAUGCAGCAGAGAGGAUAUGCUCAGCAGGGUGUAUCUGCACAGGGCGGCUAUGAUUAUUGAGACCCGCGAGAUCUGGUUUAUGUGUUACGAGUGAUACCUAGGUGCAUUGGCGGGCGUUGUGGUUGAUAUGGGGAAUGGGGAGUGCGUUGCUCAUGAUAGUAAUAAUGAUCGGAUUCAUGACCUUUUGUCUAUCAGUCGCUGGCUCUCUCUUAUUUUGUGUUUUUCUCGCUUGAAGAACCGGUAUUUCAUGGUCGAAAUACUAACUCAUGGUCCACUUGUGUCGCAAAGAAUAACUCUUAGUGUGGAUGUAGGGUCACAUGCAAAGGAGAUAGGACUUGGGAUCUACUCAUGAUGUCUGCUGUCUGUUGCAUAUCGCAAAUUUUUGUCGAUUCAUGAUCCUCAAUACAUGUGGAGCUUCACCUUGGUUCAGCAAGUUCUGAUGCAUAUCGCGAGGUCUGGGACGCGUAAGUCUCAAACACAAUUUGGCAUCCAAACAUCCACAUUCACAGCUCAUAGAACUCUCCAAUCCAUUGUUGCAUAUCGCAAUUCGCCAUCCUGAGUAAUGUCAGGCACUUCAACAACAGCAACCGCCUCCACAAGCUAGCGCAAGCCCAAGCAGCAAUCUCCUUUUGGCGGCCCACUUCCAAGUCUUCUAAUAUAUCGAGAUUCUGACUACGCUUGAGAUAUCAACAUAAUAUUUGCUCCUGACUCAGACUCCUUAGGAAAUGAGACUGCAUCGUGAGUUCUGCACAACAUCCAGCCCAUAAACGAGCUUAAUUACCUACAGGU